AUGAGACUUAAUGUUGCACUCCUCGCCGCCUUCACGGCCACCUCCGCCGCAACAACCACCCCCGGAUCUUUCAUUCUGGAAGCACCCGCGGGCACCGACAUUUGGAGAAAGCCCCCAACCACUGAUGUGUGGAAUGUUCCCAUCACACGCACAUCGUCCGGUCUGCUCUCAAAGUUCCAGUCCGCCAACGUAACCUUCUGGGCGGAUUGGACGGAGCGCUACGAUCAGGCCGGUUUAGUCUUGGGUCUCCGGAGGGCAUCGGUCCCCACCAAGCCCGAAGAUCCGGCCCAGAAGUGGGUCAAGACCGGCGUGGAGUACUACCUGGGCAAACCCCAGCUGAGCACCGUCGGUUGUGACAUAUGGGCAGACUGGAGCGUCAGUGCCAUCAGCGACACCGUGGACCCGGCCAAAGGAGUAACUCUUAUGGUUGUUCGCGAGUCGGACGAAAAUGGCAAAAGUGCCUGGGUCUACCGACUGAUUAAGGACGCCGACGGCAACGUCAAGGAGAAGAUUCCCCUGCGUGAGAUCUGCUGGAUCUUUGCGGAUGAACAUGAGAACGGGGGUGAGGAAUGGAUCCUUGAUAUCAGCCCGCUCGUCGCGAGACCUGCGAGCAACGUCACGUCGUCAUUGAAGGUUGACUUCAUGGACUUUUCAGUCAAUUUCUCGGCUUGA